AUGCUGCGGUCAACCACUCCAACUCGGCCCUGGGAAGAGGUGGGCGUAGAUCUUUUUCAUUUGAACGGCCAGGACUACGUCUUUCUGGUGGAUUACCGGUCAAGCUUCCCGGAAGUCAUCAGCCUGCGCUCGACGUCAGCCCCUGCUGUCAUCAACGUCAUCAAGAGCGUCUUCGCGCGCCACGGGAUCCCGAGACUGGUGCGCAGCGAUAACGGUCCACAGUUUGCUGCAAGAGAGUUCUCCACCUUCGCCGAUUCCUACGGUUUCCGCUACGUCACUAGCAGCCCCCAUUUCCCACAGUUGAACGGGGAGGUGGAACGGAUGGUGAGGACGGUCAAGGACCUGCUGCGGAAUGCGGAUGAUCCAUACCUUGCGCUUCUGGCAUACCGAGACACCCCUGGGGUAAACGGAGUGAGCCCUGCUCAGCUGUUCAUGGGCAGGCGCCUACAGCCCGGGUACCUACGACGUCGCACCAGCUGGGGCCUACCUGGCCGCCGUCGGUCCCAUUCACUCGGCGGGACCAAGACAACCGGAGGCGCCAAGCAUCCAACUUCAACAGAAGACAUGUAG